CGAAGGGAUCGGGGACAUGGGAGGAGCUUCGCUGCUGCGUCUAGCGGCCGCCAUGGUCCUCACCGGCUUGGUUUCUCCGCCUGUUGCAGUGGCGGCACGCGCGACGCCGCCACUGCCGGUGCUGCCGAUCCCGACGGCGGCGCAGCUCGCGUGGCAGCGGCGGGAGGUGAUCAUGUUCUUCCACUUCGGGAUGAACACGUUCACGAACUCCGAGCUGGGCACAGGGGAGGAGGACCCGGCCCUGUUCGGCCCCGCCGCGCUCAACGCCAGCCAGUGGAUGGACGCGGCGGCCGCGGCAGGCGCGUCGCUCGCCAUCCUGGUAGCCAAGCACCACGACGGCUUCUGCCUCUGGCCGUCCGCCUACACGGCCCACUCCGUGCGCGCCAGCGGCUGGCGCAGCGGCGCCGGCGACGUGGUGCGCGAGUUCGCCGCCGCGGCGCGCGCACGGGGCGUCGACGCCGGCCUCUACCUCUCGCCGUGGGACCUCCAUGAUCAGCGAUACGGCCGCGAGGUCGCCUACAAUGAGUACUACUUGGCGCAGCUCCACGAGCUCCUCACCGGGUACGGGAGCUUGUCGGAGAUCUGGUUCGACGGCCACAAGGACAAGAACGCGACGAACAUGACGUACCACUUUCAUGAGUGGUUUCAGAUCGUGAGGCAGUUGCAGAGCUCUAGCAUCAUCUUCUCCGACUCCGGCCCCGACGUCCGGUGGGUCGGCAACGAGGACGGGUUCGUCGGAACCACGUGCUGGUCGACCGUCAACCGCUCCAUGAUAACGAUCGGGGCGACCGGCAUCGAGAACUAUCUGAACAACGGCGACCCGUGGGGGACGGAGUGGGUGCCGCCGGAGUGCGACGUGACGAUCCGUCCUGGCUGGUUCUGGCACAAGAACGAGACGGCCAAGACGCUGAGCCAGCUGCUCGAUAUAUACUACACCUCGGUGGGCCGGAACUGCGUGCUGCUGUUGAACGCGCCGCCCAACACCACGGGCCUGGUGGAGGACGCCGACAUCGCCAGGCUCCGCGAGUUCCGUGCCGCCGUGACGCGCAUCUUCGGCACGGACCUCGCCGAUGGCAGCACGGCGAGGGCCAGCAGCGAGCGCGGCAGCGGAUUCGCGGCGGGCAAUGUGCUGGACGGCCGGGACGACACGUACUGGGCGCCGACGGCGGAGGACGAGUACUGGGUCGAGCUGCGGCGGCCGGCGAGAGCGCGAGCGCGCGCGUUCAACGUGGUGAGGAUACAGGAGCACGUGGCGCUGGGGCAGCGGGUGGAGCGGCACGAGGUGUACGUGGACGGCGUGGCCGUGGCCCGCGGCACGACGGUGGGGAGCAAGCGGCUGCACCGGCUGGUCGGACCCGUCGUUGGCCGGACGGUCAAGAUAUGGUUCGCCGCGCGCCGUGGGCCUCCGCUAGUGUCGGCGGUGGGCCUGCAUCUCGACCCUUUCGAAGCCAAUCGUGCGCGCUGAUCGAGUGGCUGGAGCUGACUCGCUGCGCUGGCCGCUGGAGUUGAAUCACAACCACCAUGCAGAGCGAUGUGCUACUGCUACGUACUAGUGUACUACUAGCAUCGUCCCCAGCGCCGAUUACAGGUGACCGGAGACCAAAGUUAAUUUGCACUCUUGAAAAUGCCUUUUCAAUGGUCCGACGUUAGUCAUCGCUGGACACCGCAGACGAGGUGAUGGACCAGGCAUGAUAUUUGUCUUUUAUUACUUUGUACCAACAAAAAUGAAAGCCAAACUCAUCUGAGCUAGAAAUUUGUUUCAGUUUAUGGAA